UCGGCUCCAUUCUCCCUCCCUCCAUCCCUCUCUCUCUCUCUCUCUCUCUCUCUCUCUCUCUCGCAAUGAGAGACAUAGAGAGAAAAAAGAUACAAUGGAAGGAAAUGAAACAUCCCGAAGAAAUCUCCUCUUCUUCUCUCUCUUAACAAUCAUCACUGCCACCUCUCUCCUCCGCCUCUCCGCCGCCGCAACCUCGGCCAACAAUGACGAUGCCGCAGUCAUGGCCAAGCUCGCCAAGUCUCUCAUCCCAACUCCCUCCGGCUGGUCCGCCGCAGACCCCUGCGACUGGACCGGCGUCUCCUGCGACUCCUCCGGCCACAUCACCUCCAUCAACCUCGCCUCCAAAUCUCUCUCCGGCCAUUUACCUUCCGAAUUGAACCAACUCUCUCACCUCACAUCUUUCUCUCUCCAACGAAACCACCUCUCCGGUUCCUUCCCUUCCCUCUCCGGCCUCACCUCUCUCCAACGACUCAAUCUCGACUCCAACAACUUCACCUCCGUUCCAUCACCGUUCCUCUCCGGCCUCACCAGCUUACAGGUUUUAGACAUCGGCCAAAACCCUAAUCUUCCUCCAUGGACUCUCCCCGAAACUCUUUCCGAUUCCACCACCUUGAACUCUAUCGACGCCGGCGAAUCCAAUCUCGUCGGAACCCUGCCGGACAUAUUCGAGUCCUUCCCGAAUCUUCAAAGUAUAAGGCUUUCAUACAACAAUCUCACCGGUCCUCUACCGAAUUCCUUCGCGAAAUCCGGAAUUCAGCACCUCUGGCUCAACAAUCAGGCCCUAGGGCUCUCCGGGAAGAUCGAUGUGCUCGGCUCGAUGUCGGAGUUAACUCAGGUUUGGCUUCACCAGAACCAGUUUUCCGGUCCGAUUCCAGAUCUUUCAAAGUGUACGUCACUGUUCGAUCUAUCGCUUCGCAAUAACCAGUUAACAGGUCCUGUAUCUCCUUCUCUGACUACUCUCCCUAACCUAGCCAAUGUUUCACUGCAGAACAAUAAGUUACAAGGUCCAUCACCUAGCUUUCCUAAAGCUGUUCAUGUGAGUCUUGGAACCACAAACAAUUUUUGUAGCUCAAGUCCAGGUCCAUGUGACCCACAGGUCACCACAUUGCUUGAGAUUGCAGGGGCAUUGGGGUACCCUAUGGCAUUGGCUGAGUCCUGGUCCGGAAACAACCCUUGCGAUGGAUGGAAAUCGGUUUCCUGUGAUUCAAAAGGCAGCGUAACGGUGCUCAAUUUUGGGAAACAGGGUUGGGUUGGGACAAUAUCGCCUUCCAUUGCUAACCUCACCGUGUUAACUACUUUGCUUCUGAAUGAUAAUAACCUCACUGGUACUAUUCCUCCAAGCUUGGCAAAUUUGGCUCAACUCAAGCUUCUUGACAUCUCCAACAACAAUGUUUCAGGACAAUUACCUGAAUUUGGCUCAGGUGUGACAUUGAAGACUUCUGGCAAUCCGUUUAUGGGCGUAGAUGUGCCAUUGGAAGAUGGAAGUUCAAGCUCGAGUGGUUCAUUGGAUGGAACAGCAACAGCAAUGCCGAACAACUCGUCCCUUUCUCCGUGGGUGAUUCUUGCUAUCAUUUUUGCCGCUGUGUUUGUUAUAGCAGCUUUUGCAUUUGUAACUUACAAGUAUAUUAUGAAGAAACGGAGUGGGAAAUACAAAUUGUUCAUCAAAGGAUCCGUAAAGGGGACCAGAAAGUAUAUCAAGGGUGCAGAUGAUGCUGGGAAUGGUUACGGUGGAUUUGGAAGUGAACUGCCGAGUCAAAGCUGUGGUGAUAACAGUGACAUCCAAGUUUAUGAUGGUGGCAGCGUUGCCAUCCCCAUGGAAGUGCUCCGAGAAGCAACAGACAAUUUCAGUGAAGACAACAUUUUGGGCCAAGGUGGUUUUGGAAUUGUUUACAAAGGCCAAUUACACAAUGGGACACAAAUAGCAGUGAAAAGAAUGGAAGUAACCGUGGCAAGUUCGCAGGGGGUAAGCGAAUUCCAAGCUGAAAUUGCCGUUCUGUCGAAGGUUAGGCACAAGCAUUUAGUCGGACUACAUGGUUUUUGUGUCAAUGGAAAUGAGAGGCUUUUGGUUUACGAGUACAUGGCUCAAGGGACAUUGGCACAACAUCUGUUUGGUUACAGAGAAAUGGGGGUUUCUCCUCUGACUUGGAAACAAAGAGUCACAAUAGUGUUGGAUGUUGCCAGAGGGGUUGAAUAUUUGCACAGCUUAGCACAGCAGAGUUUCAUCCAUAGAGAUCUGAAACCCUGUAACGUACUUCUUGGAGAUGAUAUGAGAGCUAAGGUGGCUGAUUUUGGCUUGGUUAAGAAUGCCCCUGAUGGGAAGCAUUCGAUGCAGACAAGGUUGGCCGGAACAUUUGGAUAUUUAGCACCCGAGUAUGCUGCCACCGGAAAAGUGACCACAAAGGUGGAUGUUUUUGCAUUUGGAGUGAUCUUGUUGGAGACAAUCACAGGCAGAAAAGCCCUAGAUGAAAACUUGCCAGAUGAGCAAUGUCAUCUAGUCACUUGGUUCAGAAAGCUCCUCAACAGCAAAGACAACAUCAGGAAAUAUCUAGACCCAUCUCUAAAUCCAGAUGAAGAAACCUUUAUAAACAUCUGCAAAGUAGCAGAACUGGCAGGACACUGCACUGCUCGCGAGCCAUUUCAACGGCCAGAUAUGGGCCACGUGGUUAGUGUCUUGUCUCCUCUUAUCGAUGAAUGGAAACCCACCACCCAUGAUGAAGAAGACAGCUUCAGCAUUGACCUUGACAUGAGCCUUCCUCAAGCUUUACAGAGAUGGCAAGCUAGUGAAGGUGGUUACACAUCUGCAAGCUUGUCUAAGGGAGCUUCUACGUUUGCAAGCUCAUGCAAUUCCAGGGAUGCUGGAUGACCUUUUAAAAAUAUAAAAUGCUUUCGUACACAAGGCUCCAAUUAAACUGUGGUCUGUGCCAAGAAUUCUCUAUUCGUAUAUCUCUUUUUCCCUCUGUUUCAAAAUGCUCAUGAUAUUCAGAUUAUUAUAAAGUUCAAAACACGGUAAUUUAAGGACAUAGCUCAAUUGGUGUGGAUGAUUUGAGAUAAGUGGACAUAGGGAUUUAAAGACCGAUGAUAUUGUGGCGUAUAGGGACAAGGUGUAAUGGAAACAGUAAAUAUUCAAGUUGUGAAGACAGGUUUCUAUUCUAUUUGUACAGUGGCUAUCAUGGAAGGCUUGAUUUAGUGUACUAUACAAAUCAUAUUCUUAUUCAUUUUUUUUUCUUCUUAAUUUUCUUCUACUUAUUAUUUCAUUUAAACUUAUAUAGCGUUCUGUUCUCAGUUUUUUGUUCAUAUAUAAAGGUAUUAGGAAUAGAUGAGUCUCCUGUUUUGCUGAUCCAGUUUCCUUGUUGUGAGAACUCAUAAUGAACUUAAAAUUGUUGCACAA